CCAAACUAGAUCUGAAGACAUUAUCGCCAAGUCUCCCAUCGUCAAGGCACGGCAUGAACGCAUUUCUCCCUCAAGCAUUCGCAGGGACGAGGUGGCAGCCUUGUGUUGCCUUGAGCAUUCUCCCUCCCCAGUCUGCCCGCUGCUCCAGAAUGGGUAUUACUUACUGCUUCCAUGGCAAUGUCGGCCUGGCAAUGUGGCAACCGGAAAUACAGAACAAGCAGUUGUUUUACCUUAUUUAGGAGUUGUACUGCGAAUAUCCACCCCCCUUUCUCGUGUUUCCCUUGUUUCUUUUUAUUCCCUUCUUGGAAAGACCGGUUUCAGCAUUUUCAAAUGGUUGUGAUGUGGUCGUCCUUGUUGAUGGUCCAAAUUAUUCAGGUGGGAGACUCACCAACGCCUCGAGAGAAAGUGCACUCAGGUACCUUCCCUUAGCUCUGACCCGCCGUGGAUGGAUCCAUCCACUGG